UCACUGUCGAGUGCUCUAAUAAAUUCUGUGAGUGUCGAUAAUGCGAUAUGCCGUCCUCAUCUUCUCAGCCGACACGCGACUCUCCAGCCAGACGACAACGACGACGAAGGACGCAUCACCGAACAGAUAGCAAUGGUGAAUUGCUGGGUCGAGAUCGCUACGAGAGCGAGAGGGAUGAUCGCGACAGAAGUCCAACGAGACGAAGAAGGAGGACGGAAGAUGCAGAUGGACACAGACGGGAAAGAAGAAGAGAACGACCACCGAAUAGCUCUCGGACUCGACGUGCGCCAGAAAGCGAAUACACGACCAGUGGAUCGGGCAGCAGAAGCGCUGCAUUGAGUGUUGAUCAGCUCGCCAAGUUGGACCGUCUGAACAAGAAGCUGGGCUACAACGACUACGAUGCGCCUCCGAGGCCACGAGAGCGAGAGCGGGGUUAUGAUGAGGUGGAAGUCGAAGAGGACGCAACGCGGUAUAGUGACCUGGAGCGCGAACGAGAGGACAGACGACGAGAGCGCGAACGACGGCGAGAAGAGCGGCGACGAAUCCGCAGAGAAGAAGAGAGAAGAGCGUGGCUAGCUGGCGAGGACGAGGAAUCCGAUGCGCCCAUCCGUGGUGCGAAAGUGAGGUCUGCGAGCAAUCACGACCGGAUGCGGAGUACACGAGACAGGCGAGACCGACGAGCUGAUGAUCACGACUAUGUACGAGACAAGAGGGAACGACCACGUAAAGAGCGGGAAGAGAGAAGAGUCGCCAGUGGCCAGGUGCUGGAACGAGGUGAUCCAGGCGAGUAUGAUGGAGGCGCAUACUACAGCGAGAAAGACGAGUACGCAGAAAGUAUUCGACGAAGAGAUGGAAGCGAUGACAGUAGCAAUCCAUACAUCGACCCAGAAGAGCAAGAGCGAAAGAGGAAGCUGCGUAAGAAGAUCUUCAUUGGCGUGGGAGUGUUCAUCGUGCUGCUUGCUAUCAUCAUACCAGUCGCGGUGGUUGUUUCGAAGAAGAACAGCUCUGGCGGCGGAGAUGGCUUAGGUGGAGCUACAAGCGCUGCCUCUGGAGGCUCUGGCAAACCAAACAACAGUAACCUGGACGACAUCUCCAAAGACAGCAUACCGGAGCAGUACAAGGGGACGUGGCUGGAUCCGUUCUCGUGGUACGACACUCAGGACUUCAACGUCACCUUCACGGACCAGAUGGUGGGAGGGCUGCCAGUGAUGGGCUUGAUGAGCCAGUGGGACGAUUCUGCGCGUGCAAACGAGAAGGUUCCUCCUCUAGAUGAAGACUUCGAAUAUGGAAAGAUGCCAGUCCGAGGGUGCAAUGUCGGUGGCUGGUUGAGCAUCGAGCCCUUCAUCACGCCUUCGCUCUUUUCUCAGUACAAGACCAGCGAUGGUGUUGUUGACGAGUGGACCUUGACGCAAAAGUUGGGUCCCACGAAUGCGAAAAGCACGCUAGAGAAGCACUACUCUUCCUGGGUUACGGAGUCCACCUUCAAGGACCUACAGGCUGCUGGCUUCGAUCAUGUUCGCAUCCCAUUCUCGUACUGGGCUGUCACGUCGUACGAUGGAGAUCCAUACGUCGGUCAGGUAGCCUGGCGUUAUCUCCUUCGUGGUAUCGAAUGGGCACGCAAAUAUGGUCUCCGCGUCAAUCUCGAUCUCCAUGGCGCACCAGGGUCUCAAAAUGGCUGGAAUCACUCUGGUCGUCAAGGUCAAAUCGGCUGGCUGAAUGGCACAGAUGGCACCAAGAAUGGCGACCGCACGAUCGAGAUCCACAAGCAACUCUCCGAGUUCUUCACCCAGCCGCGAUACAAGAAGCUAGUCACCAUGUACGGCCUCGUCAAUGAGCCACGCAUGGUAGAACUCGACCAAGCCACCGUCCUAGCCUGGACUGAAAAGGCCAUCGAUGCCGUCCGCGGCAACGGUUUCACGGGCGUGAUCGUAUUCGGCGACGGCUUCAUGGGCCUAGACAACUGGCAAGGCAAACUCACCGGACAGCAAAACCUCCUCCUCGACGUCCACCAAUACGUCAUCUUCAACGUCGACCAAAUCGUCCUAAACCACCACGACAAACUUAAUUUCGCCUGCGCGGGCUGGACACAACAAGCCCUCCGCUCCCAAAACACUGCCACAGGUUUCGGCCCCACGCUCUGCGGCGAAUGGUCCCAAGCCGACACCGACUGUGCUCAAUACCUCAACAACGUCGGCGUCGGUUCCCGCUGGGAAGGAACGCUCAACAUGGUCGGCACACCAGGCGGCUCCCUCAACGGCUCAAUCCUCGAACCUACUUGUCCUACACACAACAACCCUCGAUGUUCAUGCGACGGCGCAAACGCAGAUACGAGCGACUAUAGCGAUUCUUAUCGCAAGUGGUUGCUCAUGUUUGCGGAGGCGCAGAUGCAUAGUUUUGAGCAAGGGUGGGGGUGGUUCUAUUGGACGUGGCAGACGGAGAGUGCGGCCCAGUGGAGUUAUAAAGCUGGAUUGGCGGCGGGGACGAUGCCGAAGGUUGCGUGGGAGAGGUCGUUUGAUUGUAGUCAGGAGAUUCCGAGUUUUGAUGAUUUGGAGGAGUUUUAUUAAUGGAGGAGAGGCAUGUUGGGUUCGUGUUUUAGAGCAUGAAAGGAUGAGCAGGGUGACGAUAGAUAAUGAAUGACUGACGAGCGGUUGUAGAUGAGGCUGGGGUUAGGGUGAUGGGGAAGGUUGAACAGAACUAAGAUGAUCAGCCAGAUUGCUUCUUCGUGCUUGCUUCCAUGUGAGAAGGCUUUGCUCGAGGUGAGAUGCCGUAGCAUACAUCGUUUUGAAGCCUGUUGAAUGGC